CAUUGUCUAUCCAACUCUAUCGCCCAUUAGGCAACAAUUAUAAUUUACUUUUCGCAUAUGCUUUCUUGUGAGCUACAGAUUUGGGUUUCCUGUAUAAUACGUAGUGGUUUACCUCAAAAUAUGUAAAGAAUUGAUAAGUUCUUUUGGUUUUUUGCAUUAUCAGUACGGGGCCGUACGGCUAGCUGUUUUAAAAUUUAAAUCGAAUCUAAUUACAAAGUAAGACAACCAUGUAAUAUUAAUAAUGGCAGCGAGCUUUAGAGCGAUCGCUUCGACUAUGUGAUUUAUCUCUUAGUUGUGUUUGUUUGAUUAAUUUGUACACUCCAAUUUCUGUCAAAGUCAAGGGUUCCAAAUCCAAAAUCUACCAUUAUCUUCAUCUUUCUGAGCGCAAUAUAAAAACUGGAGCAAUACUGCAUUUUAAUACGAGCCCCUCGCUCGUAUCAAGUCAGCGGUGAUUUUGCUGACGUUUACAAUAUGGCGGACGAAGAAGAAUCUUUAGGAAUUGUACAAUUCACAGUAAUACUGCUAGUUACCGUCGUGUUUGGCGGCUUCCUAGUGUACCUAGUGUUUUCCAUUGGCGGGAAAAAGGGCAAGAAAGAUGCUAGCAACGAUUCGCGUAGCGAAACCAAAGUAGAAGACCUCAAAGCAGAGAACAAUACUGCCGAAAGUUCGAAGGUUUCCAAAAAGGCACCUACAAAAAAUUCGAAACGCGUUGCAGCCAGCGAGCAUCCGAAACAAUUGUGUAUACUUAAGGGACAUACAUCUGAUGUGCUUUAUAUAGAGUUUACGAACAACGGGAAAUUGUUAGGUUCCACUUCGUCAGAUAGGACGAUAAGGCUGUGGAGUGUUAAAGAUUUUAAUGAAAGAGAUCAUAAGUAUAUUCGUGGUAACGUAGAGUGGGAUCAUGCGACAAAAAUCAAUCUCACACAAGAUGCGAGUGGCGAUGUUGAGAAGCCAGUAAAAUUCAGAGCAUUCAUCUCUGCGCUGGCCAAUGGGAACACGAUACGCGUAUUCAAAGUUCAGAAAAAGCACGACGGAACUGGAAACACCGUGACGGGGGAGUUUGACUUUCCCCAGCAGCACAAGGCUGAUAUCAUCAAUGUCGGUGUAUCAGCCACCGGGAAGUUCAUCAUGUCUUGCUCAAACGAUACCACAAUCGUCAUUUGGAAUCUCAAAGGAGAAGUUCUGGAGACUCUGAACACAAAUCAAGUGAACAACAGCUUUGCUUGUAUUUCACCUUGUGGCCGCUUUGUGGCUUCGGCAGGUUUUACAUCAGACGUGAAACUCUACGAGGUGGAAUUCACAAAGACUGGAGAUUUUAAGCAGGUGUCGCGGGCGAUGGAUUUGAAAGGACACAGCGCUGGUGUUUAUCAUUUUAGUUUCUCAGCUGAUUGCACCAGGAUGGCAACUGUGUCGAAAGAUGGCACGUGGAAAAUUUGGGAUAUUGAUGUGGAAUACAAUAAAGGGCAAGAUCCUUCCUUAUUGAUGACAGGGGUGUACUCGGGGCAUCACAAUAACAUGUUCAUAGCAAUCUCACCUGAUGCAUACGUUGUUGCAAUUAGUAUGGGACGUUCCAUUGGAGUGUUCAAUACAACAACAGGAGAAUUAGAAGAAAUGCUUGAAAACGUGCAUUCUGACGACAUCAGUUCUUUGACUUGGCAUCCGUCGUGUCAUUUCUUUGCCUCUGCUGGUGGGGCUGAUAAACACAUACGAGUGUGGCACAAUACCGCUGGCAUCAAGGCUCAGAUACACGACCUCGAAGGACAAUUGAAGAAAGCUAAAACGGAGAGCCUCAAGACACGUCUGGAACAUAGGAUUCUGGAAGCAAGAUCAACGUUGGAGAAGAUCUCAUUUUAGACACGUC